AUGGCUCUUGCCAUUGCUGGAGCUGUCCUCACAUGUAAGAGCGGAAGCGAUGUGCCCUUCCGCGCUGGGGAUUGCUGGCCCCUCUGUGGGCAGUGCGGGCAUCGCCAUCUCAGCGACUGCCACCCUUCCGCCCGUCUCCCACCAGACAGCAAGCAAGUCCCUGAGGUGGUUUGGAACGGUGAACGGAAGAAAUGCGCCCAGUGUGACACCUAUGGGCGUCGCCAUCUCGGCGACUGCCCCCCGGCACGCCGCCAGCUGGCCACGGCCCUCCAACCUCCUCCCGCCCCGGCCACAUCGGCGGCAUCGGCGGCAUCGCCACCAGUAAUGGUGGUCUACAAUGUUUACGGCGGGGUCGUCAAUUCCUUCUGUCCGCCCCCGACUACCUCCUCAGCGGGUGCCGUCCUCCCGCCCACCAACCCGCCCACCAAGAAGCGCCGCUGUCGGGGCAAGAAGGCGAAGAAGGAGGAGGCCGAAAAGAACUGA